CGAACACGCCGCGAACCAAACCACAUGGGAUAUAAUCACAUUUGCUCAUCCUGAAUUAUAAAGUGCUUCAUACAAUAUCACAAUGAGAGUUCUAAUUCUGUUGGGAGUCGUGGCAGUAGCGUUAUCGGCGCCGCAAGGACCUGCUGAGAAAGUAAUAGCAAUCGUCUCACAAGAGUUCGACCAGCAACCAGACGGAUCUUAUCGUUACAGCUAUGAGACUGAAAAUGGCAUCAAGGCUGAAGAGGCUGGUACAUUGAAGAAAGCCAGUGGUCCUGACGCUGGUGAUGUCAUCGUAGCUCAGGGAGGCUUCAGCUACACCGCGCCUGAUGGCACCGUCAUCAAUCUGAACUACAUUGCUGAUGAUGACAAUGGCUUCAAACCAGAGGGCGCUCAUUUGCCGACUCCACCACCAAUACCGCCUGCAAUUCAGAAGGCACUCGACUAUCUUGCCACCCUCCCCCCACCACCACCAUCCAGAGCUUAGACCAAGACCCGAACCACUGGCUGAAGCCUAAACGACCUGACCAUCCUUCGUACCUGUAACCCCACGAAUACUCGUAUAGUCUUGCAAAUAGAAUUUAAUGCUUUUGAAAAAAAAGUAGCAUAAAUACGAACUUUUUACAUGUUUUAUAGUAAAAAAGAUCUCGUUAUGCGUUCUAUGCAU